AUGGUAGAGAAACAGUCCAUCACACAGCAACCUUCAGCAGUGCUUCCACCAGAAAUCAACUUAGAUUCUUGGUUUGCAAAGCAGACAACACUCUUGGUCAAGGAAGCUAAGACCCAUCCUUCAACAUCAAACCUGUCCUUCCUAGCCUUUAUCAUAAAAAACCAUCACUCUUUUCGUUCUCAAAUUAGGUAA